ACCAGCAUUUAAUAAAUAAUUAUUAAAAGCUGUAUACAGAACAUUUCUUAUAGUUGAAUAUUAUGCGAGUGUUCGUCUUCUUCUAUUUCCUUUCUUCUCUUGUGUCGUGCGACACACCAGUUACAACUCCAGCUUGACCCUCCCGCCCCAACCGCGACCCCGUAUCUCGAUGGACCCACCCAUGUUGGGGCAGUGCGAACGAGAUCACCCUCCACACGUAUCACGCUCACUUCAAUCUUCUCCUCCUCCUCGAUCACUUUCACCUCAAUCACCUCCACCUCAACCUCCUACAACUCCGUCACCUCAAUUUGUACCACCUGCUCCAUCCCACUAUCCUUCAGAAUACAGAAUCUGUGCUGGUUGCAAUAGCGAAAUUGGCUAUGUAAGAUACUUCAGUUGCAUGGGAGUUGUCUGGCAUCCCGAAUGUUUCUGUUGUCAUGCUUGCGAUCUUCCAAUUUCUGAUUAUGAGUUUAAAAUAUCUGAUAAGCGUCCCUUCCAUAAAUCUUGUUUUAAGGACUUGUACCACCCCAAAUGUGUUGUUUGCAAGAACUUUAUUCCCUUGAAUGCAGUCGGACUCAUUGAGUACAGAGCUCAUCCUUUCUGGAAGCAGAAGUACUGCCCUUCACACGAACAUGAUGGAACACCCCGUUGUUGUAGCUGUGAAAGAAUGGAGUGCAGCCAGUAUAUAUAUCUAAUUCUUGAUGAUGUGAGGAAGCUGUGUCUAGAGUGUCUAGACUCAUCAAUAAUGGAUACACACGAGUGCCAACCGCUUUACCUUGAAAUUCAAGAAUUUUACGAAAGUUUAAUGAUGAAGGUAGAGCAGCAAGUGACGGUACUCUUGGUCGAGAGACAAGCACUAAAUGAAGCCAUAAAAGGAGAGAAAUAUAUACAAAACUGUGGUCAUAACCACCAGGCAACUAUAGGCCUUUGCCUAUCGGAAGAGCAAACUGUUAACACAAUACUGAGGCGACCCAAAAUAGGAGGAUAUCGGAUAACAGACAUGUCUCCUGAGCCUUACACACUCGUUCGGAAAUGUGAAGUAACAGCGAUCCUCAUUCUGUAUGGUCUGCCUAGAUUAUUGACUGGGUCAAUCCUAGCUCAUGAAAUGAUGCAUGCGUGGCUCCGUCUGAAAGGUUACCCAAAUCUUAGUCCAAAAGUCGAAGAAGGAAUCUGCCGAGUGAUGGCUCACAUUUGGUUAGAGUCAGAGAUCAUUCCUUGCUCUGGGAGCAAUGCAGCUUCUGCCUCGAAGAAGGGGAAGAGGUCUGCAUUUGAGCAAAAACUUGGUCAGUUUUUCAUGCAGCGGACACAAUCAGAUAGUUCUGAAGUUUACGGAGAUGGUUUCAGGGAAGGCAACAAGGCGUUGCUCAAAUACGGGCUGAGGAGCACUCUCGAUCACAUUCGCCUGACAGGGAGUUUUCCCUGUUAACUUGAUAGCUCCAUCCGGUAUUGGAAUUCAUGCUCUAUAUUUGUAUAUAUUCAUUUGUCUUGCAUAUAAUUGGAUGCGCAUAAAGCUUUUAAUUUUUCUUUAACUAAUAAUCGCUAUAGAAUACAAUGAAAUGAAAAACAAGCAGCCAAAUGUAAACCGAAAUAUUUGUUCAUGUAUCAUCAAAUGGUUGGUAUGAGAAUCGAUCCACGUUCCCCCUUUAA